AUGCCAGUCGCUACGAUCAUCCAGGCGUAUUCUACCUUCCUAGUCAUGGGCGCCCUCAUCGGCUUUUUCAAGAAAAGGAGUCUUCCGCCCCUCUUUGCCGCUAUUGCACUCACUAUUGUUGGAUUCACUGCCGCGGGAAUGGAGAACUCUUAUCCUAAAAGAGCAAAUAAGCUGUGCGGCCUCCUAGCAUUCUCAAUGUUUCUCUACAUGGGCUACUACUACAUCAAAACAUUCAAAUUCAUGCAUGCCGGUCUCGUCUCACUAGUGUCCGCAUGCGUUCUCUACUUGAAUUUCAAACGAGCAUUCUAA